AUGUCUUUCGCGUUAGACGACCGUCGACGACAUACAGACACGAUUGAUGCCAUGACAGCCAACUCAAAAGCAACAUUUUCCUCAGAUAUCAUUGGUGUCCUGCAAAACAUCCUCGCUCAUUCACAAGUACUCAUACCAGACCUCGAAACCCAGUAUCCUAUCAGCAAUACGAACUACUCUGCCUUCAAGCUCGAUUACCAGAACAUCAGUGCCAUCGUCACUGAGCGCCAGCAGCAAUUGGAUGCAGUAUCCCACGAAAUCUUACGUUUGGAAACAGUCAUAGAUAGUAUCAACCAUAUUCACCAGCAACUGGUCGCGAAGAAGGACAAGAUCGCUCAGUCCAUGAAUUCGCACAAGCGACUUGUAUCAGCUCUCUGGCGCUUGCCAGCCGAAGUCCUAUCUCAGAUUUUUGCUCACUGUCUCCCGAUUGGGCUGAAAUUUGGGUACUGCUUGUCGCCCGCGUCGAAGGCAGUUCCUAUGCUGUUGACAAGAAUAUGUCGACAAUGGAGGGAGGUUGCUUUGGGUACCCCCGGUUUGUGGCACGGACUAUCUGUGGGCAAAGACUGGCAGCGGGCAGCCUUCUGCUAUGAGGCAUGGCUCAAGCGAUCACUGAGGGCGUCCGCUCUCGUUGGAACUCCAGUGUCACAAAAAUAACUGGACCGAGCUACGAAGCCUUCUUCAGCCCUACAUAAAUCAAGUCUCAUCUCUGUCUCUUAAUUUUAACCACAACGACCUCCAACCUGAGGUUAUGAUAUCGGACUUCCUAGCACUUGAGGAGCUGACCAUAUCAUUGGAUUGUUCUAAUCCUGAGGCUACCGUCAUACAGUCUAUCUCGCAACCGCCAUGCACUCUGCGCAGUCUCACGGUAAAUGGGGUGUUCUUCGACACGGAGUACGCAUCUACAUUUAAUCCCACCUGGGCCCACCUCACAAAUAUCGAGAUCGACCUAGACGAAC